AUGUAUCACAUCCUGACCAAAAACACCACUGUGACCGAACACAACCGCAACCUGUUGGUGGAGACGAUCCGAACGAUAACCGAAAUCCUGAUAUGGGGAGACCAAAACGACAGUUCUGUGUUUGAUUUCUUCCUGGAGAAGAACAUGUUUGUGUUCUUCCUGAACAUCCUGCGUCAGAAGUCGGGCCGCUACGUUUGCGUGCAGCUCCUGCAGACCUUGAACAUCCUCUUCGAGAACAUCGGCCAUGAGACCUCUCUCUAUUACCUGCUCUCCAACAACUACGUGAAUUCAAUCAUUGUGCACAAAUUCGACUUCUCGGACGAAGAGAUCAUGGCGUACUACAUCUCCUUCUUGAAAACCCUCUCUCUGAAGCUCAACAACCACACGGUCCAUUUCUUUUAUAACGAGCACACGAACGAUUUCGCCUUGUACACCGAGGCCAUUAAAUUCUUCAACCACCCCGAGAGCAUGGUCAGGAUUGCCGUCAGAACGAUAACGUUAAACGUUUACAAAGUGGACAACCAACCGAUGUUGCAUUACAUUCGGGAUAAAACGGCCGUCCCGUACUUCUCCAACCUCGUCUGGUUUAUCGGGAGCCACGUGAUCGAGCUGGAUAACUGUGUGCAGACGGACGAGGAACACCGGAACCGGGAGAAGCUGAGCGGCCUCGUGGCCGAGCACCUCGACCACCUCCACUACCUCAACGACAUCCUCAUCAUCAACUGCGAAUUCCUGAACGAAGUGCUGACCGACCACUUGCUGAAUAGCCUCUUCCUUCCCCUCUACGUCUAUUCCUUAGUCGAUCAGGACAAGGGCGGGGAGCGUCCGAAAAUAAGCCUCCAGGUUUCCCUGUAUCUCCUGUCGCAAGUUUUCUUGAUUAUCCACAAUGCACCUCUGGUGAAUUCCUUGACCGAGGUCAUUCUGAAUGGAGACCUCUCCGUGUUUUCGGCAAAAGUGGAACAGGAUGUCCAGAAAAGCUCAACCAAGUCGGGCAUCAGGUGCUUCAUCAAACCUUCCGAGUCGUUGGAGCGAUCCCUGGAGAUCAACAAGCACAAGGGCCGGAAGAGGCAGCAGAAGCGGCCGAAUUACAAAAACGUCGAGGAGGACGAGGAAGAGGAGAAGGCGCCCGUGGAGGGGCCGGAAGGCACGGAGGGUGCUUCCAAAGGCACCAAGCCGAGCAGAGAGAACGAAGAGAUUGAGAUGGUGAUCAUGGAGCGGUGCAAGCUGUCUUCCGUGAAAGAGCAGAACAUAACCGACGAAGAGAAGUCAGCGGCCGCGGCCAGAACGUCGAUCUGGAACAGGCCCUUUCUGGAUUUGGUGUACAAUGCCCUGGAGUGCGCAGAGGACGAUUACUACGCAUUGUUCGUGCUCUGCCUUUUGUACGCCAUGUCACGUAACAAAGGAAUGGAGCAGGGGACGCUGGAGCGGAUCCAGCUGGCGGCGCACGACGUGGAAGGGGAGAGCGCCUACAACCCCGUCUUGGCAGAGAGGCUCAUCAGGAUAAUGAGCUGCGCAGCUCAGCCAGAUGGCAAAAUCCGUUUGGCUACCCUGGAGCUCGGCUGCCUGCUGCUGAAGCAGUUGGUGGUGUCCAAGCACGGCAGCAUCAUUAAGGACGUUCACUUGGCCUGUCUGGAAGGUGCAAGAGAAGAAAGCGUUCACCUGUUGCGGCGUUUUUAUAAGGGAGAAGAGAUUUUCCUGGAUAUGUUUGAAGACGAGUACAGAAGCAUGACGCUGAAGCCCAUGAACGUGGAGUACCUGAUGAUGGAUGCUUCCAUCCUGCUGCCGCCGACGUGGACGCCGCUAACGGGGAUCGAUUUUGUAAAGAGGCUGCCAUGUGGAGACGUGGAAAGGACACGCAAGGCCAUCCGCGUCUUCUUCAUGCUGCGUUCCCUGUCGCUGCAUCUGCAGGGGGAGCCGGAGACCCAGCUGCCCCUGACGAGAGAAGAGGACCUGAUCAAGAUGGAGGAAAUCCUGAACCUGAAUAACAGCGACCUAAUCGCCUGCACCGUGAUCACAAAAGACGCCGGCCAAGUCCAGCGCUUUUUGGCAGUCGACAUUUACCAGAUGAGCUUGGUGGAGCCGGAGGCCGCCCGCUUAGGCUGGGGAGUGGUGAAGUUUGCGGGCCUUCUGCAGGACAUGCAAGUGACGGGGGUCGAGGACGACAGCCGCGCGCUGAACAUCGUCAUCCACAAGCCGGCCUCCAGCCCCCACUCCAAGCCCUUCCCCAUCCUGCAGGCCACCUUCAUCUUCUCCGACCACAUCCGCUGCAUCAUCGCCAAGCAGCGCCUGGCCAAGGGCCGCAUCCAAGCCCGGCGCAUGAAGAUGCAGAGGAUAGCAGCUCUCCUGGACCUCCCAGUCCAGCCUUCCACCGAAGUGAUGGGUUUUGCACACAGCUCGACUGCUGCAGCGCAGCACCUGCCGUUCCGGUUUUACGACCAGGCGAGACGUGGCAGCUGCGACCCGGCCGUCCAGCGCUCCGUGUUUGCCUCCGUCGACAAGGUCCCAGGUUUCGCCGUGGCCCAGUGCACCAGCCAGCCCGGCCCCUCGCCUCUUUCGUCGCCGUCCCCUCCCUCCAGCGGGAGCACGGGGCAGUGUGACUCCGCGGCCGCCAGCUCCCCCUCCACGCCGUCGGUGGUCCAGAGCCCCUCAGAGGACACAGCAGCUUCGGAGCAGCCCAGGGCGCCGUCCUUCGGCCAGCUGGCGAUCGCGGACGACUCUCCCGCACCUCUCUCGAGAUCCGGCAAGGGCCUGGGCCGGAACACCGACGUGGAAACGGCCAACCUGUCCCCCAGCCUGAUCCCCGCCCCGCAGCCCACCAUCUCCCUCAUCGCCACCAACAGCUCAGACUCCCUGGGCAUCGAGUCGCUGACGCUGGUCCCGCCGGUCGACACGGACUGCAUCCUCGCCGUCGGCUGCGCCCCGCCGCCGUCCGCGGAGUCGGACGCUUGCACAGAAGCGGAAGGGAGCAGCUCUUCUCAUUCGGACGACGGGCAGCCAUGACGGAGACGCAGUGCGAUGGCGCUCUGCUUAACGUAGCCCGUUGAAUGAACCCGUAGUAACCCCCCCACAGUCCUGUCGUCCGAGUCUCUUUUUAAAAAACGGUUGAGAUCCCACGUUUUGUUUUAAGAGGAGAGAGGACCCUCUUGUAGACCUGAGACUAAGUAUCGGACACUGGUGGUGACGGAAAAGGGGUGUGUGUGGGGACACAACGGUAAGGGUGUUUUGGAGGACCUGUGGGAUUCGUCUCUCCACUUUCUGAGAAAAGCCACUAAUGCAAAAGCCACUCGUUCGAACCGCGUUAUCUGCAAAAGCCGCAACUGCGGCGAAGUUAAGGACACUUAAGAGAAAACCAUACACUUUCUGUUUUGAAUCAGUGGGGGGAGGCGAGGCGGGCUGCUUGCAACUUUUGCCCGGAGGAAAGACAGAUGGACCCCGGAUUUACAGGGAGGGGGGAGGGCCCCCUCGAAAUUAGCUUUUGCACAGGAGCAAACCUUCCUUCUCUUCUACCAGCCUUUUCCUCUGUUUUGUUCCACUUCCCCAAGACCCGAGCGGUCUGUGGGAACUCCGGCCCGACCCGCUUGCUCGUAUUUAUCCCGCUGUGGACUUUUAGCCCUCAUCCACGCGCGUCCUCCCUGUCUGCCAGGUCAUUUGAACCUGAGACUGUCUGCACAUCUGUUGAGGGUGGGGUUCUACGGAAGGGGUUGGGAGAGCGGGGAACGGCCCUGCUCCUCAGCGUCUCUCAGGGGCUUCUUUGGGGGAGCGUGUGGGGGAAUCUUUGGCAGGGUUUUUGUGUAAAAGGAUUUCAGAGGAAUGUAAACUAUUUUAGCGUACUAUUUCUCUAGUCGUGUGGUGGAGUGUCUUUGCCGCAUUCUCCCUUGGUGCCAGCCCCUUCCUAAAGGAGGGCCCCGCAACUCCCGCAGGCGUCAGAAGGGGUGUUUUAUGGACCAGUAAAUCCAGGAUGCAGCUGAAAGAAGUAAGUCAGGUGGUCCCAACCUUUUUGAGCCUGGGGCACCUCUGGAAUUCUGAGACACGGCGUUCUGGGAACGUCAACGGAAUGGCGGCCUCAGGGGGCGGAGCCAGCCACAAAAUGGCCACCGCAGCUUACUUUCACUCACACAGUGAAUAUCGUUGUUUCGUGGUGGCAGCUGCUGGCAAAGCAGCAUUAA